AUGGGUCGUAAAAGGGAAGUAGAGCUGAGGAAACAGCUCGCAUUUCGGACAGCGGCCAGCAUGUUGGGAAUGAUUGCUCUAGUUUUCUAUCUAAUCAAAGCAAGUGAAGUUACAGGGACCUCACCAAAAAUACUUUCUGUGAUGCGACAUAAAUGUCACCCACCUAUAGAUUGGGUUGUCACAAAAGUGGAAGAUUUGACUGUAGAGCAAAUGAUAGAGUAUGUGGAGUGGACCAACAGCACAUCAUGUCGUCUCACUCAUGACGUUGGAGGACAUGCCCAUCCAGAUGGCGUCGAUGGACAGAAAGCCAUUUGUAUGGACCCACUCAUCAGACCAGAACUAUACAACGAAUGUUUGGUCUAUUCUUUUGGUAUCAGCCAUGACUGGACGUUCGACGAAGCCAUAGAACGGAUGGGAUGUCGAGUAUUUUCUUUCGACCCAUCGAUGAAUAUGGAAGACUAUAAUCAUAGCCCUAAAAUUCACUUUUACAACUUGGGGCUAGGCGAUCGCGAUGAGCGAUGGAACAAGGAUCCUAAUAUGAACUGGACGAUGAAAUCACUCGAAUCCAUUUACUACAAUCUACUCAAACACGAAGGCAGAUAUAUAGACUAUCUAAAAAUGGAUAUUGAACAUUCAGAAUGGAUAGUCUUACCUCAAAUCAUCUCAUCAGGUAUGAUGGAUCUAGUGAGGCAGCUGUCAGUGGAAGUGCAUCUUCCCGAACAAGGUGGAUUAGAUGAAUUUCGAAAUCGAAUCAAAAUAAUCAAAUCACUAGAAGACUACGGAAUGGUUCGUUUUGAUUCAAAAUACAAUCCUUGGUCGCUUGAGUGGAAUGUCGCCGUCGACUGGGAAGGAUUUAAUGCUUACGAGGUUGCCUGGUAUAAUUCCAAACUUCUCAGAGUUAAGCCAAUGACUGAUCCCAACUCGACCCUUGUUCCAACUAAAAUUAUUAAAAAAAAGAAAAUACAUAACACAAUUAAUGUAAAUAGAUCAAAAUACAGAAUGAAAAAUUAAAACGCAUUGCUAAUGUUGUACGAUUGCGAAAUAAAUGAUUUCAUUACUCUUAA